AGAAAAUUAUUUAGCGAUCGUCUUACUUAAAACUGGAGCUUUGUCUUAAAGUUACAGUGGUAUUUAUCACAGAUUACUGAGUUGCUCACUGAUAAGCCAGAACGACCUCUCCUUGAUUGCAGUCAACUGUAGCAAGUUUGAACCGAUAAACAUAAAGAUGUCUAAAGCGAAGCGUGUCUGUGUGAUCGGUGCAGGUCCCAGUGGUAUGUCAGUAUUGUUUCACUUCAAUAAAUUGAAAGAACAAGGCAAAGAAAUUCCUGAAAUUGUGUGCUUCGACAAGCAGUCAGACUGGGGAGGGCUCUGGAAAUACUCCUGGGAAACUGGUAUCGAUCAGUUUGGUGAACCCGUCCAUGGAAGUAUGUACCGAGGCCUCUGGUCGAAUGGUCCGAAGGAGGCUUUAGAAUAUCCAGACUACACGUUCGAAGAUCAUUUCAAAAAGGCAAUUCCAUCCUUCCCACCCAGAGCGGUUCUCUUUGAUUAUCUACAAGGUCGUUGGACUAAAGGCCAUCUUCGACACUGGAUUCGUUUCAAUCAUGCCGUCCGCCAGGUGACCUACAAUGAUGACACUGACGACUUUUCAGUAGUUGUCAAAAGCCUUGUCGAGGACAAAGACCUUCCUGUUCAGAAGUUUGACUACCUUAUUGUAGCGACUGGUCACUUCUCUGUGCCGCACGUUCCCUCUUUUCCAGGAAUAGAGGAGUUUCCUGGUCGCGUGAUGCACUCGCACGACUUCCGAAAUGCCUAUCAGUUCCAAGGCCAGACGCUCCUCGUUGUCGGCUCCAGCUAUUCCGCUGAGGAUAUCGCUUUGCAAAACCUCAAAUAUGGCGCCAAGAAGAUCAUUUGCUCCUACAAGACCAGGCCAAUGGGCUUCAAGUGGCCCCCUGCGAUCACUGAGAGACCACUUGUAACAAAGAUCGUGGGCAAAACUGUCCACUUCAAGGAUGGUACCACUGCUGAUGUGGACGCCAUCAUUUUGUGCACCGGCUACUACUUCCACUUUCCGUUCCUUGAGGAGCGCCUCCGACUGAAGGCCAGGAAUAUCUUGUACCCCGCCGGGAUGUACAAGAAUGUGCUGUGGACCGAGGCUGGCAACAACAAGUUUUUCUACAUUGGAAUGCAGGACCAGUACUACACUUACACCAUGUUCGACGCGCAAGCCAAGUGGACCGUGAACUGCAUCACAGGGGAGCUCAAACUCCCUGACAAGGAAGCCAUGAAGAAAGACAUUGAGAAAUGGAUCACAAAGAUGAACGAACUGAAGGACUGCCACGAUGAUAUAAAUUUCCAGACUGAAUACUUGGUCGACAUCGCCAAGGAUGCAAACUACGGAUAUGACCUGGACACCGCCCAACAGUUCCAUGACUGGGAACAUCACAAACAUGAGGACAUCCUCACUUACAGAGAUCAAAGCCACGCAAGUAAGUUUACUGGAACCCAGUCCCCAAUUCACCACUCUACAUUCAUGAAAGCCCUUGAUGACUCGAUGGCGACUUUUCUGAACACCAAACGCUGAAAUACUACUGGCUGGAAACAAAUAAAGUUAGGCGUUUCUGAGGUGAUUAUUGUUUUAGUGUGAUUUUUAAAAGCACCAAGGACUAUUGAGGAAAAAGGUUAUGUCGUUGUGAAAAAACAUUUUAUUCUUGAGAGAGGUGUUGUUAGGAUUGAGAUACUUCGUAUACUGAAACAAAUUUUUAAGAAUCUGCGGUACUAAAUCAUGAUUUCGAUGUAAAACAUAAAGUGGUAGGUUCUGAAAAAUAGCUUCAAUCGUUUGAAAGUUAAAUGAUUUAAUAAACUGACAGCGAAAAUCA